AUGGUAGUCGAUUGUUUCUCCGUUCACGGGUCGGAAGAUUUGGAAAUGAAAGAUGGGGGUCAGGAUAAGAUUGUGAAGAAAUCUUUGAAGCGGAAGAGGGUUUCAGUCCCUGAGUAUGCGAGCCCAGAAGAUAGAGAAUCCAGGAUUAAUGAGUUACGAGAAGAGCUCAAUAGUUUGUUUCAGUACUUUAGAGAGGUUUCAUUCCAAAAAGUAUGUUUCGAUGAGAGUAGUGGUGGUGGUUGUUCAAGUACUUCCAUGAUUGCUUGUUUUCUGGAAGAAAGCGAUCUCCCGCACUCUAAACUCGUGGAGAAGAUUUAUGAUAAGCUGAAGAUGAGAGAGGGGAUCUCUUUGGCUUAUGUGCGUAGUACGGUACUUUCUGUUGGGCAGAGGUUAAUGUUUGGCAUUGCUAAUGCCGAUGCCGAUGUGUUGGAAGAUAACUCCGAAGCAUGCCUUUGGUGUUGGGAGACAAGAGAUUUAAAGUUAAUACCAAAAAUCCAACGUGGGGGUUUAAGUAUUAGGCGUACUUGUCGGAAAAAAAUUCGUGAGAGAAUCGCUGCUGUUUCAGCAAUGAUAUCAUCAUUACAAAUGCCAAAGAGCUGCCAGAACUACAGAACUGAUUUGGUGAAAGCAUCAGAAAAGAUUGGUAAAGUAUUGAAUCAAGCAGACAUUCGCUUGCUAGUGGAAAACAUGGUGCAGAAGAAUGGUACCGACAUGGAUGAAAAGGGAGCUAAACUAAAAGAGAAAGAGCUAAUCAAGGGACUGGAGAGAAAUAAACGAGAAGUUGAGAAGGAGAAGAAAAAAAUGGGCCGUGAACUUCAGAAGGAGAAAAUACGAAGUGCAUUACUUAAGUGUCUAGAUUUACAAUCUGAAACUAUUGAUCAGGAAGUUAAAACUGAGUGGGAAGUGAAUGUAAUUAACAUGUAA